GUCGUAUGGAUCGGUAUCGUGUCGUCAUCGUUUGUGCUCUGUGUAUAUCUACAAUAUUAAUCUACUUCAAAAACGUUCAACGUGUACUUCAUUGGCUAAAAUGGUGACCCCGACGAGAUUUGAACACGCAACCUUCUGAUCUAAAGGGCGUAGAUAUAUUUAGGGAUAAAUUCGUUAUUUGAAGUAAAAUUUAUAAAAAGACUGGAAAUUGCUUAUUUCGAAAUUCUCCAAAUUCAUAAAUUAGAUCGAUAAAGGGCCCGUUGUAAUUAUACAACAGAUGCCAACCCAAAAUAUAAUUGGAUCGAUGACACCAGAUGCUAAUUAGUAUUCCAACCCGAAUCGAUAAACCUAAUGAAAUCGAUAUCACCAUACGCGCAUACGUAUAUAAGGUUUCAAUUGGAUAUUUGGGAGAGGUAUUAAAAAGUCUUGUAUUAGGAGUCAAGUCGUCUGGAUCGGUGUCGUGUCGUCAUGUCUUCAUCGUUUGUCUUCAUCACAUCACUUCAUCACAUUCCGUGAGGCCCGCAAAACAAUUUUAUAGUGCACUGAUUCAUUGGCAGAUUUUUGUCUUUACUGGCAGAACAUUUUUGAGUCAUUUUCAAACUAUUCUAACUGGGAAUAGCCCUUUUCAUAAUCCUAGGGUUACCAUAUUUUUGUGACUUCAAAGCGGGACGCCUCCAAAGACAACGAUCCCUUAGCAGUGAUUUUGUGAGUUUACAUUUUUGGAUUUUACUACAUAUGCCUACAUUUAAAGCCAUCCCGGCUGUCUUCAUUGACCAUAUUGCUAUCGAUAGUUCUUGCGCAUAUUCUCUGUCCAAAUAUCGGGUUCAGUUUGAAAAAUAGAGAGGAAUUGAUGUUUAUGAUACAAAUAAUUCGAAUUUAGAUUAUUUCAUGCACAGCAAAAGGAGGAAAGAUAGCCUGCCGUUUUCAAGCAUUGAGAAUUUACUUAUUCGCCCAAGCAUGCUUUUCUGUAGAUAACGCCUUCGUCAAAAAAACGUUGUUCAAUGUUACAUUCACGUAAACGUCAGAACAGGACCAAUUACUAUUGAUUUUACAUGUUAUACGUUACGGGAAACAACGAAACAAACGAAAGAACGCAUUUACCUCCAGCAAGUGGGCUAGCGCUGCGCUGCACAGCAACAACAGUAACAAAAACAUGUUAAUUGGUAUUGUUCGUGUAUUAUGGUGGAUAGCCGAACGCCAAAGCGGGACUUUUGGCUGACUUGUCUGGACAACACGCUAAAAAGCGGGACGUAUGCAUACAGAAAAGAGGACUGAAAAAUCUACAUAAUGGAAAAAACUCAGAAGUUGGUAAACCUAUUAGAAUUGGGCUAUGGAAAUGCUGGAUGCCUUGUCUAAAGUAUUGUGCCAACCAGCGAUCAAAGACAAACCACUCGCAGUCGUUGGUAUCGCAGGUGCACUUAGAACCGGAAAAUCUUUUCUGAUGUCAAUUUUGAUGAGAUAUCUUAAAAAUAAAGUAUGGAAGAAUUCGGCUUGGAUAGGAGACAAUGACAAAUGUGCAGAUGAUGGUAUUGAAUGGAGAAAAGUUACUAAAGCUCACACCAGGGGAAUUGUUAUAUGGAACGAAAUUUUUACCAUAGAGCGAAAUGGCGAAGAGAUUUCGAUAUUGCUGUUGGACACGCAGGGUCUUUUUGAUAACACCAUGUCAAAAGAAGCAAAUAUGAAAAUAUUUACAUUUACAGUUUUGAUGACAUCACAUCUCAUGCUGAAUAUCAAGUCCCAAAUAGAUGAACGAGAAUUAGAAUCCUUGGAGUUUUUCACUGAAUAUGCUAAAAGUGCAUCUGUUGAACCAGGAAGUGAAUGUCCUUUUCAGAAUCUUUUAUUUUUGAUCCGAGAUUGGCAAAAUUCAUUUGAAUAUGGCUAUGGAGAGAAAGGAGGACAAGAGUAUCUCAAAGUGAAACUAGAAGAAAACGUCCCCAUAGCUGCGUUGAAUAGCGUCAGGCAAAAUUUAAAAUCUACAUUCCAGGACUUGAAAUGUUUUUUGAUGCCAUCCCCUGGCUCAUGUGUCCUCAAUUCAGAAUUUAAUGGCAGAAAUAAAGAUGAGUCAUCGAUAAGAGCCUUUGCUAAUAUGAGGAAUAGAAUUGCUGUAACAGAAGCCCUAUGCAAAUUUGACGAAACAUACAAGGAAGAAGAAUCCAAGCAUGCUAAAAAGUUGGAAAGAAAUCGUGAUGAGUUUUAUGAAAAAUCUCUAUUUGCGGCAAAACAACAUUUUGAAGAUCAAAGUAGAUUUGGUGGAGAAGAUCUAAGAAUUCAAUAUCAGAAAAUGUUAAUAUCGGAAUGUCAGGACCGGUUUCGUAUAUAUGCGAACUGGGAUGAUUUGAGAAAGACCAAAGCACAAAAUUUUUCAUUACAACGGAGUCCUGAGAUUUGGACUAGAUAUCGGGAAAACAUGAAAAAGGACCUUGGUACUGGUUUUAAUGAGCCUGAUGUUUUUAAAAAACAUCAUAAAAAGAAUCAAAUAGCUUUGUUGGAGGCUUACAGAAGUGAGACUGCAAAAUGUGCAUCCUUCAAUAAAGAACAUGAAUUGCUACUGAUAGAGGACAUUGAACACUCUAAAAAGAAGUUUGAACAACUGAAUGGUGAUUUAGGUUUCAUUAUGGCUUUAGGGAGUCAAGUUCCAUCCAGUCGUCAAUCGGAAGAUAUGUCAACUGAAGACAGGAACAACAAGAUCUUGUCAGACAAUAUUUUGUUUCAUCAAUUAUCUCUCCAAUACAAAGAGGAAUUUGAAAAAUUCUCUGCCCUGUAUGUUGCCGAAGAUGAUUUAAAGAAACAACUGAAUGAGAUGAAAAAAUCAUAUUAUGAGUUGUUCGAAUGUAGGUGGCCCAGACAUGGGGCAAACAUUGAAACUUACAGAGAUAGAUUUUUGAAGUUACUGGAUGAAGAAUAUCAAGAUUGCUUAGAUUUGAACACACGGAACAAGAAUGUUUUUGAUAAUGUAAUACAGGAAUCAAAAACAAAAAUGAAAGCACAAUAUUGUGAAACAAUGAAUGGGAUACUUCAUGAGGGUUAUUGUGACCCCCAACAUCUUCAGAAUAUGCAUGAAAAAACAAUACAAAAGCUGGAAGGAAACUUAAAGGAAGAAUUACAAGGAAUAGAUAGUGGAGCUCUGGCCGAUGUGCUGCGUCAAUGCCAAGAGGAAAUACGCAAAGAGUUUGAGGUGUUCACAAAAAGAAACCAAAAGCAUGCCCAGCAGAAACCCAAAUUAGACAGGAGCACCAUUGAGGAAAAAAUCAAUAUGGCACUGAAAAUUGUUGUCGCCGCAUUGCCGAUCAUAAGGAAGCUUUGUGCAGUCAUAAACACAGUGAAAAAAGCUCUGCCUGCCACAGCUGGACUCUCGGCAUCAAUGGGAGGACUGACAAUAUCGUUACCUUCUCUAGCAAUAGGGGCUUCUGUUGUUGCUGUAGGUGCUCUCACUGCUUAUUGUGUGUAUAAAUAUUAUUACAGGGAAAAGCAAUCGAUGGAGCAAUAGAUGAACUUAAUAUGACAGAUGGACUGGCAGAUUUUAUCAAGAUUAUAAAAUGAGUGGAUAAACUUAGUUUUGUGUAAUCUAAAAUUAAACAAGCUAACCGGUGAUCCUAGCUAAGCAAAAAAAUUAAUAUGAUAAGGUUAAAGAUUGCAACUCAUGCCAUCUUCGCUGAGCUCGAUUUAUAUAUACCGACUCAACUAUAAUUGGAUAUAGGAUUUCUAUUGCGUAAUAUACACGAACUUAAGCAACUCAUUUUGCUGAACAAUAUCAAUAUAUAUUUACACAGAAAAAA